AAUCUCAACGGGAGGCAGUCAGAUAGUCAGACAGAUACAUAUAACAUAUAUAGAUAUAGGAGCAUAUGCAGGGCUAGAGAAGAUGACCGGCGAUGCUGCCAAGUCGAAGCGGCACUGCUCCUUCAGGACCCAGAUGGAAAUGGCUGUGGCAACGGAGGGCCCCACGUUGGGCGCCAUUUCCUUGAACGAGGAUGCAGAGCCAUCGAGUACCAGUGGCAGUGAGCAGCCAACCAGCUCUGGAGAAACGGAUAGCGAAGCUGAUGCCAACAGCACAUCCGAUCCAGAUGCGAACGCCAAAGUGGAUGACACUGGCGAUCCUCAGACUAAUCUAUACAGUCCACUAGCCGGAGAUUCGGACAACGACCAGGAUGAGGCGGACAUUUUCAGCGAGGAGACCAUCUCCCUGCUGGCCCACGAGAUCCUCUGCUGCGAGGGCGAAAGUGACUCGGAAACGGAGGCGGAAACGGAAACCGACGGCGAAGAGGACACCGAUGAGGCCAAGGAGAGUGACAAGCUGGAGGAUAUCCUGGAGUACGGGCUGCACAAUCCCUAUCAGCUGAUGUUCAGCGAGGAGGACGACGAGAAUCUCAAUGAGAGUGAAGGUACAGAGAACACCCUGCCGAUCGUCAGCGAGACAACCGUCCUCCUGGAUGAGGAUCAACAGAGCGAGGAUAAGCCCGAGGCAAAUAUGGACCUGGCUCCCUCCAAUUUAUCAUCUCCAGGCGGUUUUCACAUUUCUACCAACAUAAGCUUUAAAUAAAAUUCU